AUUUGUAGAGCUAUUUCAGACCAUUUAAACUAAAAUUAAAAGAAGAAAACAAGACCAGACACAUUGCAAAACACGUAGAGAUGGAUUCAGUGACCAGAAAUGAUCAAAAGAAGCCUCAUGUAGUGUUCAUACCAUUUCCAGCCCAAAGCCACAUCAAGUGUAUGCUCAAGCUAGCUGAGCUAUUGCACCACAAGGGUAUCCACGUAACCUUCAUCAACACCCGCUCCAACCAUAAGAAACUCGUAGAGUCUGGUGGGACUCCUUGGCUUGAUGACGACUCUCCAGGUUUUGUGUUCAAAACGGUUUCGGAUGGUCCCUCUUCUGGUGCAGCAGAAGAUGGUGUUGAACCUGUGACGCCAACAAUGGAGGAAGUUUGGAUGCACCUUGCAAACAAUUUCUUUGAUUCCUUUCUUGAUCUUGUAUCUGGGCUAAAAACUCCAGUAACAUGUAUCAUUUGUGAUGCUUUCAUGACUUACACGAAUACAAUUACUGCUGCCGAGAAGCUUAAGAUCCCUAUCAUCCUUUUCUGGACCAUGGCUGCUUGUGGAUUCAUGGGGUUUUACCAGGCAAAAGUUUUAACUGAUAAGGGGCUUCUCCCUCUUAAAGAUGAAAGUUAUUUGACAAACGGGUUUCUUGAGAUGGAAAUAGACUGGAUUCCAGGAAUGGAAGGUUAUCGUUUGAAGGAUCUACCUGAGCAUAUGCUAGCUACAAAGAUGGAUGAUCCUGGUUUUAAAUAUCUCUUGAAGACAGCUGAGGCGGCUCAUAAUGUUUCAUAUAUGAUCAUCCAUACUUUUGAGGAACUAGAAGCUAGACUAGUGAACGAGAUUAAAACCAUAUUUCCCAAUGUUUAUACUGUUGGGCCCCUUCAGUUGCUUUUGAAUCAGAUCAAAGAAAAAGAAAACAAAAGGACAAGUUUGGGUUGCUAUAGUUUAUGGAGGGAAGAACCUGAGUGUAUCCAAUGGCUAGAGUCAAAAGAACCGAGUUCUGUGGUGUAUGUUAAUUUCGGAAGUUUGGCAGUAAUGUCUUUAGAAGAUCUAAUAGAAUUUGGUUGGGGACUUGUUAACAGUGGGCAUGAGUUUUUGUGGAUUAUUCGGACUGAUUUGGUUAAAGGGGAGCCCGUGGUUUUGCCCCAGGAACUUGAAGAGGAGAUGGGCAAGAGAGGGUUUAUAGCAAAAUGGUGUCCACAGGAAGACGUCCUGAGCCAGCCAUCUGUUGGUGGGUUUUUGACUCAUGGUGGGUGGAAUUCGAUUAUUGAGAGCUUGUCGGUUGGACUGCCAAUGAUUUGUUGGCCAUAUUAUGGGGACCAGCGUACUAACUGUAGACAGAUGUGCAAAAAAUGGGAAGUUGGAAUGGAAAUUGGAAAGAAUGUGAAAAGAGAUGAAGUGGAGAAGCUUGUGAGGCUCUUGAUGGAUGGAUCAGAGGGUAAAAGGAUGAAGGAAAAAGCUACACAGUGGAAGAAAAUGGCCGAAAUGGCUACCAGUUCUAACGGAUCGUCUUCUCUAGAUAUUGAAAAACUUGCUAAUCUAAUUAUCAACUUCUCAUAAUGUUUUAUGUAAUGUUAUAAAAAAUUUGAUGUUUCCCAUUUCA